ACGAUUUUAGAAUUUAUUUUUAUGGCACAUAUUCUAUCAAAUGAAAAUCGUACAACUUCAAUGAAUGUUUCCCGGUGUUUUACUCACAACGUCGACUUUUCAGCAUCUUUACUAGUUGCCACUAGUACCACUUACUACAGUAAAUGACCAUUAAAAUAAUGAUCCCGUUAUCAAAUGAAAAACAUGAAAGCACAUGUAAGUGAUUAAAGCGGGAAUCUCGGGAACACAUGCUCAGCUCAGUGAAGAUAAUCCUAUUUCGGUUAAUCUUGAUUAAAAAGGAUUCUUUCGUUACUUGGGUGUGAAUCUGCUCAUCGUGCAGAAAUGACUAAUUGAGCAGUACAGGCUUUCUGCACACAGCAGGGGUCCUCGGGCGCGCCCUUUUCCCCGCCGCGACCCGAGCUCUGGGGAGGGGGCGCAACACCGAGACUGCGACAGCGACAUUGGCACCGCCCUUGGCAGCGCCACCCUUGCGGUGACCCCUCACGGGACAGACACCCUCACGGUGCCACCCUCUCGGUGACAGACACCCUCACGGUGCCACCCUCACGGCGGAACCGCCCCCGCGCGCAGCGGGCGCGCUGUGACUGUGACUGCGGCUGCGCGGGGAAGCGGCGCGCGCCCCACACCCCCCGCGGCCGCCAAUGGCGCCGGCACAAAGUGACCUUGGCCGCGCCCCGCCCCUUCCGCCGCCCGGCCCCGCCGCGCCUGCGCACAGCCGGCCCAGCCCGCCCGCCCGUCGGCCCGAGCGCGGCACCGCAGCGAGACACCGCAUCGUGACCCCCGGGACGCCGCCCGCUAAGAUGUUCGCUUGCGCCAAGCUCGCCGCCUCGCCCUCCCUGAUCCGUGCUGGAUCAAGAGUCUUGUACAGACCAAUUUCGGCGUCUGUGUUGUCUAGGCCAGAGGUCAAGAAUGGAGAGGGCAAGUCAACAGUUAACGGGGCCCAAAAUACUGUCUCCCAGCUAGCACUUAGAGAAUUCCAGACUAGUGCUAUCAGCAGGGACAUUGACACUGCUGCCAAAUUCAUUGGUGCUGGUGCAGCCACAGUAGGUGUGGCUGGUUCUGGUGCUGGUAUCGGAACAGUCUUCGGUAGUCUAAUCAUUGGUUAUGCCAGAAAUCCUUCUCUGAAGCAGCAGCUGUUCUCAUAUGCUAUCCUGGGAUUCGCCCUGUCUGAAGCUAUGGGUCUCUUCUGUCUGAUGGUUGCUUUCUUGAUCCUGUUUGCCAUGUGAAUGGAGAUCUGCCUGUACUAUUGGCAUUGGAAUGUAACUGCAUUUUAUGGGACUCCCAAAAUGUUGGUGUCAUGGAAAUUGAUGCUAUUUCCAAAGUCAUUUCAUUAAAGAUAACACCUUUAACUGUCAA